AUGACGGUAAGUUUCAUUUAUCUCAGUGUGUUCACAUCUAUUUAUCUAUCUAUCUAUUUCUUUCUCUCUCCCUCUCUCUCUCUCUCUCUAUCUAUCUAUCUUCUUAUCUGCCUCAUUUCAUCUAUCUAUCUAUCUAUCUAUCUAUCUAUCUAUCUAUCUAUCUAUCCCAGUAUGUUCAUAUCUAUCUCAGUAGUUAAAUCUAUCUAUCUAUCUAUCUAUCUAUCUAUCUAUCUAUCUAUCUAUCUAUCUCAGUAUGCUCACAUCUAUCUAUCUAUCUAUCCCAGUAUGUUCAUAUCUAUCUCACUAGUUAAUACUAUCUAUCUCUUAAGUUCAUUCUAUCUAUCUAUCUAUCUAUCUAUCUAUCUAUCUGUUUGUCUGUUUGUUUCUAUGUGUCUACCUGUGUCGCUCACUUUCUCUCUAUAUAUCUCUGUCUCUAUCAUUUUCUGUUCAUAUCUAUUAAUUUGA